AUGUCUUCGUCUUCAUCUCCCGCUCAAACAAAGAGGUGUCAGUAUUGUGGAGCUGCAAUGGUGCUUCGGGGAGCCACCAGUUGCAAUGGAUUCGAAUGGGUUGAUGUAACCUCCGCUGAAGCAGAUCAGCAAGCUGACACGUAUGAUGCUACAGUGCUUAAUAUGCUGAAGUCCAUUAAGGACUUGGUGGAUUAG